CUCCUCAAUCGUACAUUCCUCCUCUGCCAAGUUUUACGUGCAGCACAAAAUCCACAAGCAGUAGACUUUCCGGCACCCCUCCAUCUCACAGCAACCCUACCACAUAUGCCAGCAGAGACGUACGGCAAACGCUACCUCACCCGCUCUGAGUCCAUGGCCCUGCGAAACCUGUCGCCUAACAGCAGCGAAGGCGCCACUUCCGCUAGGCAAUCUUACGGCGGAGGGGCCGUGGCUCCUGUCGAUAUUAACGAAGAGCUGGAGAAAGGGCAACUGGAGCGGGACGGGACGGAUGAAGAGAUGCCGGAAGAACAACAGGACGAGGAGUACCACCACGACGAAGAAACCACCUCCGAAGAGCAUCCACCUCGACCCACCCUCACCACCGCCGACUUCUUCCCUCCCGGCGCCCACAUCCUGAACCGCACGAUCCACCUCGAGUUCCCCGACGACGUCUGGGUCGACAGCUCAAUGAUCUUCACCCAAAGCCCAUACAACGACGAAGAAGUCAUUAUGCACGUCAUGCUCCCACUGACGUUCGACGGCGUCCCUGAACCGGAGGAAUGCGCUUGGCCGGGAUGCGAGGAGGCUACGGCUACCCCGGACGAUCAUAACCUUCUUGUGUCGAGGGAGGGGGUGAAGGUUCGCGUGUUGGUUCCGACGGAUGACAAUGGGUGGGAGGGGCCGGAUGAGGAGUUGUUGGAGACGUUGAAUGAGUUGCGCCGGCCGGUGCCUGCACUCGCAGAGCGAUGAUGGAACUCCCAUCUGAUGCAAGAGUAUCAAAAGCUUCACUCAUCAAAGUACUUACAACAAAGGAUUCGAAAAGGGGGAUAUACAGGAAUCCCAGCAAGCACU